AUGGACAACAUUACUAUUGCCUUCAAGCUCAGCCUGGACCCUUUUUUUAUCCCAGCUGGUGCAAGGUAUCCCAUAUUUUUCUUUGGACUUGUGAUUUAUCUCUUUUGUAUUUCCUGCAAUAUGACACUGAUUGGACUCAUUAUUAUGAAGAGGAACCUUCACAAACCAAUGUAUUUUAUUUUGUUUUCUCUACCACUGAAUGACCUCAUUGGGAUCACUGCAAUGCUGCCUAAAGUUCUUUCAGAUAUCUUAACAGACACCAGUCAAGUUUAUUAUCCUCUAUGUGUUCUUCAAGGCUUUUUGCUUCACAUGUAUGGCGGUGGAGUUCUUUUCAUUCUAGCUGCUAUGGCUUUUGAUCGAUACAUUGCGAUCUGUUUCCCAUUACGGUAUAAUUCUAUCAUGACACCCAAGGUUGUGGUGACAGUAAUUGCAAUUGUUUGGGGUGUGGAUUUUGUCUUGAUAUUAGUAUUGUUUUCUCUCCAAGCCAGGCUGCCAUGGUGCAGAUCUAAGAUCAUGAAUGUCUUCUGUGACAAUCCCUCAAUUCUCAAGUUGACAUGUAGCAAUACCUUUCUCAACAACAUCAUUGGCUUGUUUAACACUGCUCUCAUGCAAAUAAUAAGUAUAUCUGUCCAGGUCUUCUCCUAUGUCAAGAUACUGAUUGCUUGUCUGGUUUCAAGGCAAAAUGAAGCAAGAAGUAAGGCUAUCAACACUUGUGUAGCACAACUGGUUAUAUUCUUUGUAUUUGAAAUUGUUGGGACUUUCACCAUUCUUUCACACAGAUUUCAAAAUGUUUCACCUGAUUUACAGAAGAUUAUGGGUAUGCUGAUUUUUCUUGUUCCCCCUAUUAUGAACCCUAUUGUGUAUGGACUGAAUACACAGGAAAUUCGAAGCAACCUCUUCCGUUUUCACACAAAGGUGUUUGCAUAAAACUGUAACAUUACACCAUACCGACUAUA